AUGCCUCCGCGCGCGCCGCCUGCGCCCGGGCCCCGGCCGCCGCCCCGGGCCGCCGCCGCCGCCGCCGCCGCCGCGGGCACGAGGGGCGCGGGGGGCGCGCGGGGCGCCGGCGGGCCCGGGCUCCGGCCGCUCGCGCCUCGCCCCUGGCGCUGGCUGCUGCUGCUCGCGCUGCCCGCCGCCUGCUCCGCGCCGCCGCCGCCGCGCCCCGUCUACACCAACCACUGGGCAGUGCAAGUGCUGGGCGGCCCCGCCGCGGCGGACCGCGUGGCCGCGGCGCACGGCUACCUCAACUUGGGCCAGAUUGGAUACCUGGAAGAUUACUACCAUUUUUAUCAUAGCAAAACCUUUAAAAGAUCAAUAUUGAGUAGCAGAGGCCCUCACACCUUCCUCAGAAUGGACCCCCAGGUGAAAUGGCUCCAGCAGCAGGAAGUGAAGCGCAGGGUGAAGAGGCAGGUAUGGCGUGACCCACAGGCCCUUUAUUUCAACGACCCCAUUUGGUCCAACAUGUGGUACAUGCAUUGUGGAGACAGGAGCAGUCGGUGCCGAUCGGAAAUGAACAUCCAGGCAGCAUGGAAGAGGGGCUACACGGGGAAAAACGUGGUGGUUACCAUCCUGGAUGACGGCAUAGAGAGGAAUCACCCCGACCUGGCCCCAAAUUAUGACCCCUAUGCCAGCUAUGAUGUCAAUGGGAAUGAUUACGACCCGUCCCCACGAUACGACGCCAGCAAUGAGAAUAAACAUGGCACUCGCUGUGCAGGAGAAGUGGCCGCUUCAGCCAACAACUCCUACUGCAUCGUGGGCAUAGCGUACAACGCAAAAAUCGGAGGCAUCCGCAUGCUGGACGGCGACGUCACAGAUGUGGUGGAAGCAAAGUCGCUGGGCAUCAGACCCAACUACAUCGACAUUUACAGUGCCAGCUGGGGGCCGGACGACGACGGCAAGACAGUGGACGGGCCUGGCCGACUGGCUAAGCAGGCCUUCGAGUAUGGCAUCAAAAAGGGCCGGCAGGGCCUGGGCUCCAUUUUUGUCUGGGCGUCUGGGAACGGCGGGAGGGAUGGGGACCACUGCUCCUGUGACGGCUACACCAACAGCAUCUACACCAUCUCCGUGAGCAGCACCACCGAGAAUGGCUACAAGCCCUGGUACCUGGAAGAGUGCGCCUCCACCCUGGCCACAACCUACAGCAGCGGGGCCUUUUAUGAGCGGAAAAUUGUCACCACGGAUCUGCGGCAGCGCUGUACCGACGGCCACACUGGCACCUCAGUCUCGGCCCCCAUGGUGGCCGGCGUCAUUGCCUUGGCUCUAGAAGCAAACAGCCAGCUAACCUGGAGGGACGUGCAGCACCUGCUAGUGAAGACAUCCCGGCCGGCUCACCUGAAAGCGAGUGACUGGAAGAUCAACGGCGCUGGUUAUAAAGUUAGCCAUUUCUAUGGAUUUGGCUUGGUGGAUGCCGAAGCUCUGGUGGUGGAGGCAAAGAAGUGGACAGCAGUGCCGUCCCAGCACACGUGCUUGGCCACGGUCGACAAGAGGCCCAGGAGCAUCCCUAUAGUGCAGGUACUGCGGAUCACGGCCCUGACCAACGCCUGUGCGGACCACUCAGACCAGCGGGUCGUCUACCUGGAGCACGUGGUGGCGCGCAUCUCCAUCUCCCACCCGCGCCGAGGAGACCUCCAGAUCUACCUGAUUUCUCCCUCGGGGACCAAGUCUCAACUUUUGGCAAAGAGAUUGCUGGAUCUUUCCAAUGAAGGGUUUACAAACUGGGAAUUCAUGACCGUCCACUGUUGGGGAGAAAAGGCUGAGGGGGAAUGGACCUUGGAAGUCCAAGACAUGCCAUCGCAGGUCCGCAACCCGGAGAAACAAGGGAAGCUGAAGGAAUGGAGCCUUGUUCUCUAUGGCACAGCAGAGCACCCAUACCACACCUUCAGCUCCCAUCAGUCUCGCUCACGGAUGCUGGAGCUCUCAGCCCCAGAGUCAGAGCCACCCAAGUCUGCCCUGUCACCAUCCCAGCCCGAUGUUCCUGAGGAGGAAGACGAUUACACAGCUCCUUCCACCCAAGGCUCUACUAAUAUUUUACAGACCAGUGUGUGCCAUCCGGAGUGUGGUGACAAAGGCUGUGAUGGCCCCAAUGCGAACCAAUGCUUGAACUGCGUCCACUUCAGCCUGGGGAACGUCAAGACCAGCAGGAAGUGUGUGAGCAUGUGCCCCUUGGGCUACUUUGGGGACACAGCAGCAAGACGCUGUCGCCGGUGCCACAGGGGCUGUGAGACCUGCUCGGGCAGGAGCCCCAUGCAGUGCCUGUCCUGCCGCCGCGGGUUCUAUCACCACCAGGAGAUGAACACCUGUGUGACCCUCUGUCCUGCCGGAUUUUACGCUGAUGAGAGUCAGAAAAAUUGCCUUAAAUGCCACCCAAGCUGUAAAAAGUGCAUGGAUGAACCCGAGAAAUGUACAGUCUGUAAAGAAGGAUUCAGCCUUGCAAGGGGCAGCUGCAUUCCUGACUGUGAACCAGGCACCUACUUCGACCCAGAGCUGAUUCAGUGUGGGGAAUGCCAUCACACCUGCCAGACCUGCAUGGGGCCUAGCAGAGAAGAAUGUAUUCACUGUGCCAAAAACUUCCACUUCCAAGACUGGAAAUGUGUGCCGGCCUGUGGUGAGGGGUUCUUCCCAGAGGAGAUGCCCGGCUUGCCCCACAAAGUGUGUCGAAGGUGCGACGAGAGCUGCUUGAGCUGCGAAGUUUCCAGCAGGAACUGCAGCAGGUGUAAGGCAGGCUUCACGCAGCUGGGGACCUCCUGUGUCACCAACCACACGUGCAGCGACGCUGAUGAGACAUUCUGUGAGAUGGUGAAGUCCAACCGGCUCUGCGAGCGAAAGCUCUUCAUCCAGUUCUGCUGCCGCACGUGCCUCCUGGCCGGCUAGGGCGCCCAGCUGCCCGCGGAGGGCAGGACCCCUCCUGUCCACCCGCCAGUCCGUCCACUUGCCCCAGACUGUUGGCCAGAGCCUGUAGCGGGGCGGUGC